UCUUAACCGCGGCGCAAUGCGUGCAAGACAAGAGAAACGUAUGCCAUGUUUAUUUCAUUUUACGAUAAGAAACUAAUCUAUCCAAUUUAAUCGCGAUGCAGUCGAUCAUGUUGUUCGCAACUGGACUGAACGGGACCGGGUCUAAGCAAACGGUACCCGUGAAAGCGACGUACAUAUACCCGACUUACGAAGCCUAUUCCGUUCUCCCGGAUCGAGAUCACAACGUGGCUCUUUUGAAACUGACGAAACCGUUCGACAUGUGCCCCAACAAAGUCACAUUACCGGACGUUCUACCAGUUAACUACAACGACGACGACUACAGACUUUGUCUGAUAUUCGGAUGGCAAAGCUACGUCUCGCUGUCGUCGAAAGUUUUGGCGAAACCGAUACACUACGACGUAGUAAUUCUUAAUUCAUGGAGAAUGUGUACUUACAUGAUUAAGACGACUACGAAUUAUACGAACUUGUUUUGCGCGAUGGUUGAGUUUAAGGAUGAGAUGAAAGCUUGCGCUGGGAAUCCUGGUUCACCGGUCGUUUGCGAGAAUCAAAACCGCGAGACUGCUCUAGUCGGGAUCGCGUCCUGGACUAACUUCUCUUUCGAGUGCGGCGAUCUUCCGACUUAUAUCGAUCUCGGUUCGUUCAGAAUAUGGAUGAGCGAGUUAGUUUUUAAUAUAAAAAACGCAGAAGAAUGGGAACGCAAUAAGGAAUUAGACGGAAAGAGAUGCCCUAAUGAUACGAAUAUUAGGCAAAAUAGAUCUGAUCUCUUACGCUUAGACUCGCGAGUUAAUUUCAAGAGGAAGAACACGAGAGUACAGUUUCCUAAUUCGUCCAGGACGUUGGUAAAGCAUCCAGAAUCAGAGAAUAUAAACGACUCUUAUCUUUUGAAUAAAUUCCACCGAUCAGCGAACAGUUUUAACAAUAUCAGUACACCUCCCGAUGGUUAUUACGAGAUGUACGUAGAUGUAUCGAAAGAAGCUAGUAGCAAUAUUUUCAAGUACAGAGAAAUUGGUAGUUCUCAAAAUAACAACCAAGUCGUAGAAAAUGUAAAGAACGAACAGUUCACAGUCAUGAAUAGAUCGUCGCUGUGUGAUCAACAGUUCGAUAAAGUUACGGUGAAACAGAGUACGGAGCAAACAGAAAUAGACGACUUUGAACUGCUGCUACCCUUUACUUUUGAAGACGUGGGGGUUUCUCGUUCCAAUAUCAUUACUGUAUACUUUAAAGGACUGUAUCUAUUUAUUUAUUUCGUAUCGUGCUAUUUUUAUAUUAUCUACAUGCAAUGAUGCAUUGAAAAAUAAAAAUU